AUGAGAAGAGCUAGUAUCAGAGGAACGGACCUUCAGGCAGAUACUGAAACGAAAAAGAAGAACUGCGAUAACACAGGAUCUGAAAGCUCUGUCUUCAGGACUGUAACAAGAGAACUGCGAGAUGACACUGAUGAUGUUGUGACGCAUGAAAUAUAUGAUGAGGAAUCUUUCCCUGAUGGUUCAAAACAGGAACAACUCUCAGAAGAGGAUGUGCCGUAUACCCUUUUAACGUACCGUCAGAAAUGGUUUAUGGUCGCAUUAUUGACUUCUGCAGGCUUCUGGUCCUCCUUAGGGUCGCCGAUUUACUAUCCAGCGUUGAAAGAGUUGGAAGCAGAGUUUGAUGUUAAUGAAGAACUUAUUAAUAUCACUGUUGUCGUAUACUUACUUUUUCAAGGUAUAGCCCCAACCAUCAGCGGUGGUUUAGCGGAUGUGUACGGAAGAAGACCUAUUAUUUUGUUAGGAAUGUUAAUAUAUGUGAUUGCAUCUAUAGGUCUUGCAUGUUCUAAGUCGUAUGGUGCGGUUGUGUUCUUACGUUGCCUGCAAAGUGCAGGUAUAUCUCCUAUCAUUGCCAUAAAUUCUGGUGUUGCAGGAGAUUUCACAGUAAAAUCUGAACGUGGGACUUUUGUCGGCGCUGUUUCUGGGUUUACUUUAAUGGGCCAGGCGUUCGGCUCUUUGAUUGGUGCAGCCUUGACAGCGGCAUAUGACUGGCGAGCAAUUUUUUGGUUCCUUGUAAUUGGAUGUGGGACUUGUAUGAUUAUUCUGUGUUUCUUGCUAAUUGAAACCAAACGUACCAUUGUGGGGAACUUAUCUAUUAGACCAAAAAGUUGGAUAAAUAUAGCCCCAAUAACUCGUUUGCCUGCAAUAAGGAAGCAAUUCAAAUAUGAUAAUCCAGAUUAUUCAUCAAGAGACUUAUCAGAAGUGAAGUUCGAUAUCACCUCAGCAAUGAGAAUUCUUAUAUUGCCAGAAAUCAUCUUAUCACUUCUCCCCGCUGCAUUCCAAUUUUCCUUAUGGACUCUUUCUCUUGCUUCUCUUCCAGCGGAACUUGCAUUAGAUCCAUACGACUACUCAUUGACUAUGAUUGGUGUAUGCUAUUUACCCUCUGGUAUCGGUGGCUUGUUAGGAUCUUUCUGUACAGGAAAAAUUAUUGAUGUGUAUUAUAAAAGGUCCCAUAAAAAGUUCUUGGAGAAGAAAGAGGCAGGUCUUAUCGAUAAAGAUGCAAGAUUUAAUACCUUUAAGGCUAGAUUAAUUUCUGGUGCUCCUCAAAAUGUUUGCGCUGCUGUGGUUUUCACUCUAUUCGGAUGGGCACUGAAGCAAAGGUGGCACAUUGCAGUUGUUUUAGUUACAUCCUUCAUCGGCUCGUUUUGUGCUAUGAGUACUCUUUCUACUUCAAGUACGCUUUUGGUCGAUUUAUACCCAAGUAAAUCCUCAACAGCAACAAGCUGUUACAAUUUCAUGCGUUGCGUAUUGUCUGCAAUUUUCAUGGCAUGUUUCUCAAAAAUGAAAUCAUCGAUGAACGUUGGUGGGACAUUCACCUGCAUCAGUGGAAUGGUUUUCGUUGGGAACUUUUUAAUUCUUAUUCCCAUGAAAUAUGGUAUGAAGUGGAGAUAUGAAAGAGGAAUGAAGCUUUGA